UGGCGCAAAGUUUGAGCGGCUAUCCGAUAGCUCCGCUUUCUCUCAUAUUUCACGGGGAAUUUCUCAUCAAUGCUCCCUCUCCUCUCUCUGCUUUUCUUUCCUUUCUUUUCACUUCUCUCUCUGUCUCUCUCAUUCAUGUGAAUUCUUUCUUAUCUUUUCAGCUAAUGGAUGAUAUUAUCGUUAUAAUUUCCUCUUACUCUACGUAAUUUGCCUCAGUUUCGGAUCUCUUCAUCGUCUCUCAGCUCCAGAUCAUUUUCAGGUUGUUUUUGCGCAAUCUUUUUUUUUUUCCGGUUUGUGAGUAAUGGAGAAGAAGAAGUAUCCGAUUGGACGGGAGUUUUACGUUCUGUAUGAGGAGGUUGGGCAAGGUGUGAGUGCUUCAGUGCAUCGGGCUUUGUGUAUUCCAUUUGAUGAGAUUGUUGCAAUCAAGAUUCUUGACUUUGAACGCGAAAAUUGUGAUCUGAGUACUAUUUCUCGUGAGGUACAAACAAUGAUCUUGGUUGACCAUCCAAAUGUUCUCAAAUCAAAUUGUUCCUUUGUCAAUGAUCAUAAUCUGUGGGUUGUCAUGCCAUUCAUGGCCGGGGGUUCUUGUCUUCAUAUAUUGAAAGCUACUCAUCCAGAUGGUUUUGAGGAGGUGGUGAUAGCAACAAUAUUACGUGAGGUGUUGAAGGGUUUAGAGUAUCUUCAUCAUCAUGGGCACAUACAUCGAGAUGUUAAAGCGGGGAACAUUCUCAUUGAUACACGUGGUGCUAUCAAGUUGGGAGAUUUUGGUGUUUCUGCUUGCCUUUUUGAUUCAGGUGAUAGGCAACGCAUGAGGAAUACCUUUGUGGGGACGCCUUGCUGGAUGGCACCUGAGGUCAUGGAGCAAUUACAUGGAUAUGACUUCAAGGCUGAUAUUUGGUCAUUUGGGAUAACUGCCUUAGAGCUUGCUCAUGGGCAUGCUCCAUUCUCAAAAUAUCCUCCAAUGAAGGUAUUGCUUAUGACUUUGCAAAAUGCACCACCCGGCCUAGAUUACGAAAGAGAUAAGAAGUUCUCUAAGUCUUUUAAGCAGAUGACUGCUAGUUGCUUGGUAAAAGAUCCUUCGAAAAGGCCAUCUGCGAAGAAGUUGUUAAAGCAUUCUUUUUUUAAGCAAGCUAGGUCAAAUGAUUACAUAUUGCGGACACUUUUGGAGGGGUUGCCUGCUCUUGGUGAUCGAAUUAAGGCAUUGAAGAGAAAAGAAGAGGAUAUGCUUGCGCAAAAGAAGAUGCCAGAUGGGCAGAAGGAGGAAAUAUCACAGAAUGAAUAUAAACGAGGAAUUAGUGGUUGGAACUUCAAUCUUGAAGAUAUGAAGGCUCAAGCUUCCCUGAUACAAGAUGUUGAAGACCCUAUAGCUGAUAACAAUCUGGGAGGAAGCUCAAGUUCAUUGCCUACGCUCAAUGCCAUUGAAAAGAAAUUAGAGUCUCAGCACUCCUCCUUGGGACAAAUUGCAGAAGUGGAUGAUAAUGAUCCGAUACAAAGUCGACCACCUCUCCUUCGAUCAGUCAACUCGUCUGUAAACAUUGCGAAAGUUAAAAGUGAAAAAUCUGAUGAUGAUUCCAGUAUUGCAAGUCCAUGUGAACAAUAUGCUCCACAUUUUUCUUCACCCCAUGAUGAUAUUGUGGAAAACGAUGCAUGCAAAAAAUCUAUUUUUGAGAUCAAUGGAAAAUCAAUGGAGGUCACAGCUUCUCAACAGAAAUUAGGAGGUUCAUUAUGUGGCUCUACUUUACCAGAAAUUUUAGUUCCUCCUAAUAAAGCAGAAAGUGAUAAGUUUCCAAAUCAACCACAAACUAAUUCAAGUCCAGAAGGAGAGGUUACACUUUCUAAAGCAGCAAAAUUACCAGUGGCACCUAACAGUGAUGAAUUUGAUGAGAAAGCAAAACCACCUGUUGUUCAGCAAAGGGGACGUUUCAAAGUCACUUCGGAGAGUGUUGGUAUAGAAAAGGCCGUUCCACUGCCCAUAUUGCAAAAGAGCCAUAGUAUGCAGGUUCGUAGUUUUGAGGUACUUCAUCAACAUCCUAUGGUGUCUAUACCAUCAGCAUCUGAUGCUGCACCAUCAACUGUUUCUGGUCAUUCUCUGUUUCCAAUGUUGAAUUCUGUUUUGCAGACAAAUAUUCUUCAGAGGGAUACUAUUCUUAAUCUAAUGAAGCAAGUUUCGGGUAGCGACAAUUCAGCCAACCGUGCCAUUGAUGGAGGAUCCGCAGAGAGAUCUUUGCUAGAAGCAGCUCAUGACAGGGAAAAAGAGUUACUUCAUGAAAUAACAGAGUUGCAGUGGAGGCUUAUAUGUGCUCAAGAGGAACUCCAAAAACAUAGAACAGAAAAUGCUCAGAUAUGAUUUCAGUAUUGAAGUAGCAGCUGCAUGAAUAUACAACAAUUUUUUAGUCGAUUGAAUUUCUUAAAAGAGUGGAAGGAAAAUACAGAAUGAUGAAGGAGACAUGGUUUAACGUUGUUAGUUGAUUAUCAUGUGUAGUAUAGAUUUGUUUUGUUAUGGGUUUAGGCAGGAGAAACAUAAACACAUAGUUAUUACUCAACUUGUGCAGAUUACGUAAAGAUACUAUAAGUUGUACAUGAUUGAUAUUAUCCUUUCCAGUCCAACUUGGGAGUUGUAAAUAUAUCUUGGAUAUUAAUAAUAGGAAGAUUUACUAUUCGAUUCCUAAA